ACCGUGCGGGCUCAGCGGCGCCAUGGCCGCCCGGGUGCUGAACGUGAACGUGGGGGUGCUGGGGCACAUCGACAGCGGCAAGACGGCGCUGGCGCGGGCGCUCAGCACCACCGGCUCCACCGCCGCCUUCGACCGGGCCCCGCAGAGCCGCGCCCGGGGCAUCACGCUGGACCUGGGCUUCUCCUGCCUGCGCACCGCGCUGCCGCCGCAGCUGGGCCCGGGGCCCGGAGAGCUGCAGUUCACGCUGGUCGACUGUCCUGGGCACGCCUCCCUCAUCCGCACCAUCAUCGGCGGUGCCCAGAUUAUCGAUUUGAUGAUGCUUGUAAUAGAUGUGACAAAAGGGAUGCAGACACAGUCAGCAGAGUGCUUGGUAAUUGGGCAAAUUGCCUGCCAGAAGAUGGUGGUGGUUCUGAACAAAAUAGAUCUCCUUCCAGAGGGAAAGAGACAAAGUGCCAUUGAGAAGAUGACUAAGAAAAUGCAGAAGACCUUGGAAAAUACUAAGUUCUCUGGGUGUCCUAUUGUUGCUGUUGCAGCAAAGCCCGGUGGUCCGGAAGCCCCAGAGUCUGAGAAUCCACUGGGUGUUUCUGAAUUAAUUGAGGUCUUGAAGUCUCAGGCGUACCUGCCAUCGAGAGACCCCUCAGGACACUUCCUUAUGGCAGUCGACCACUGUUUCUCUAUCAAGGGUCAAGGCACAGUGAUGACAGGGACUAUUCUUUCUGGCUCUGUUAGCCUUGGUGACAGUGUGGAGAUUCCUGCCCUGAAGGUGACAAAGAAAGUCAAGUCCAUGCAGAUGUUCCAUACUCCUGUGACUUAUGCUAUGCAGGGUGACAGAGUAGGUAUCUGUGUAACCCAGUUUGAUCCCAAACUGCUGGAAAGAGGCCUGAUUUGCACCCCAGAUUCACUUCACACCAUCCAUGCUGCAAUAAUUUCCUUGAAGAAAAUCCAGUAUUUUCGAGGAGCUCUUCAGACUAAGGCCAAGUUCCACAUCACAGUUGGUCAUGAAACAGUUAUGGGAAGAGUGAUGUUUUUCAGUCCAGCCCCUGCUGACUUCAAUGAAGAAAUUCAAGAAAAUGUUUUUGAUUUUGAGAAAGAUUAUCUUUAUCAAGAGCAAUAUUUGUCCAAGGACUCAGUUUCGUCAGAGGAGAACAAAGAGAAUGACCAGGCAGGAGAAGUCCAGCUCCCAAAACAACAGUGGGCUUUGCUGGAGUUUGAAAAACCAGUCACUUGUCCUAAACUGUGCCUUGUUAUCGGCUCCAAGCUGGAUACGGAUAUUCACUCAAAUACCUGCAGGCUGGCAUUCCAUGGGGUACUGCUCCAAGGCAUGGAAGACAAGAACUACACAGAGACUUUCCUUCCAAAGCUGAAAGUGUACAAACUGAAGCACAAAGAAGGACAAGUGGAAAGGGUGAUGGAUGACUACAGUGUGAUUGGUCGUUCGCUGUUUAAAAAGGAAACAAACAUCCAGAUUUUUGUGGGUCUGAAAGUGAAACUGUCUACAGGAGAAGAUGGAAUAAUAGAUGGUGGGUUUGGACAAAGUGGUAAAUUUAAAAUCCGAAUUCCAGAUGGACUGAAGCCAGAUACCAAGAUACUUCUUACUGUUGCCUCCAAGAAGAAAUCUAAGGGAGGGAAGGGGGAUAUGACCAAGGAAGAUGAAAGCAGCAAGAAUGAUUCAGCCCAACCUGUUACUAUCUCUCUUAGCUUUAAGAGAUAUGUCUUUGACACACAGAAGAAAAUGAUUCAAUCCUGAGAAAGUAAGGGAAGCCUCUAAUAGCACCUGAAAAGUCUGGACUGAAAUGAUUUGAAGUGGAAUGUAUUUCUUUUCUGAACACAGACUUGUUCCUUCUUCACCAACAGAGCCUGGAAGCUCCUGCUGAUUAUAUGCCCCCUUCCAUGAUCUCUGCAGUCUCAUAUUGUUCUGUUGAAUUUGCUUAUUUUUUCAUCUUUGUGAUGUGAAUCUUCGUGGCAUCUCAGAUAAUGUCACCUGCCAGAGGAGCACAUUGGGGUGUACAUUGUAAUUGCACUGUUUUUCUGGGGAAUUGUGUUGAAGUUUCUCCUGAUUUAGAAGUUUACCACCAAUAUAAAUCUAAAUCAAGUCAGGAUGUGAAUUUCAUUUGACCCACAAAGUGAAGCUGAUUAUUCUAGGCUUACUUCCCUGAGCAAAGGGGAAGACAGAAAGCACACAGUUUAAUAGGUGAAACCUAAAAUGGAUGUUUCACAUUCCUUCAGCUGCAGCUAUGUAAGAUGCUAUCUGAGAGAUGGUAUGGAUGUUUUUUAUAAAUAUGAUUUAUAUCUAGAAAUGUUUUUCAUAUUAAACAUAAUAAUGUGUGUGA